AGAGCGAUUGGCGCGUCUCGCUUUGCGUCGGGGUUUAGCGAAAUGUAGGCCUGGUGGGCAGCCGAACACACGGACUUGCCCCGCGAAUCAGUUCGCCACCAGAAACUCUGGUUAUUUAGCAGGAACGUCGGCAAGAUUUCUCCUGACUGGGGAGUGAAACUGCGCGCUGAGGUUUGGUAGUUCGCUGCAGGCGCUUCGGCGAGCCACGUUUAAUGAGUUCAACUGUUUCCAUGGAGCACGGGGUGCCUGCCAUUUAAAUCUGAUAGCUCACGAACAUGGCGCAAAAGAGUCACGGCUAGAAAUGAUUUAUAUCUGCCAUUUAUACUCCUAAAAAAUGUCUACAACCAGGUCAGUCUCCUAGGUGUUCAAGUUCCCUGACAUGUGAUAUUUUCAGCGCUGCUGACUGGAGCCCUCCAAGUUAAAGAGUCAACUCUGACAUUUAUAUGACAGCCUGCAAGACAUGAGACACAGACCAGGCUGAGCUGCUGGUCCAGCCUGUCACUUUAUCCUCAACCUGCAGCUGCUAGUGUAUGAAGGUCUGUGAAUAACAAGGCAGCUGGCCUGACGGACUGUCAAUGCUUCACUACACCACGUCAGGAAAAAACUACUCCAAAUCUCCACCGAUUCCAGCGCCGGUGUGACGACUCCUUCCCCUCAACUCGCUCCUACAAGCAGCAGCCUCACAGAUAGACAAAGCUACCAGCCCGCAAGAAGUUUUGCCGCAAAGAGUCCUUCUCCUCAUGGAAAAUACCUCCUCCGUGCAGCCCGGCCCAUGCUACACCUUGUUUCAUAUCACCCACAGCAAACAACCUCUCGAUAGUGUCCGCUUUGCACUGGCUGUAAUCUAGAUGUCAGAGGACCAAAAUACAGGAACCCGCUGAAGAAAAGACUUUGGAGGAACUUUUCUUAAUUUUUUUCGUUCUGAGAAGUGUUUGUUAAAUCGACCGCAACAAUGGGGGCCACAGGCUAUGCCUACUACCGCGUCGCCAUCUUCGUCUGCAUGUUCAUCGGCUACUCGCUGUAUUUCUUUAACAGGAAGACCUUCUCCUUUGUCAUGCCCUCCGUGAUGGAGGAGAUAGAGCUGGACAAAGAUGACUUAGGUCUGAUCACCAGCAGCCAGACCAUGGCGUACGCAAUCAGCAAGUUCAUCAGUGGCGUGCUGUCCGAUCAGAUCAGCGCCCGCUGGCUUUUUUCCAUCGGCCUCUUCUUGGUAGGGGGCAUCAAUGUCGUCUUCUCCUGGUCCUCGUCGGUCUCCAUGUUCUCCCUGCUCUGGUUCAUCAACGGCCUGGGACAAGGCUGUGGCUGGCCCCCAUGUGGGAAGGUGCUGCGCAAGUGGUAUGAGCCCUCACAGUUUGGAACGUGGUGGUCUGUGCUGUCCUGCAGCAUGAACCUGGCUGGGAGUCUGGGUCCGCUCUUGGUCACUGUGCUGCUGCAGUACUACGACUGGAGGACCAUCCUGACCAUGUCAGGCAUCUUCUGUGCUUCCUUCUCUUUGGUUUGUCUGGUGUUCGUGAAAAAUGAGCCGAAGGACGUGGGCCUGCCCAGUAUCGAGGCUGCAGCCAAGAAGGGGGUGAAGGGAGGGAACAGUGAGAGCACCCUGAGCGAGUUCCUGCUCUCUCCUUUCUUGUGGGUGCUCUCUCUGGGUUACUUGGUGGUGUUUGGGGUGAAGACGGCAGCCACCGACUGGGGACAGCUGUUCCUCAUGCAGGAGAAAGGACAGACCGCUCUCAUGGGCAGCACCUACAUGAGUGCCUUGGAGGUGGGAGGUUUUGUGGGCAGCCUUGCGUCAGGCUUAAUCUCAGACAGAUCUGUAGCCCGGCAAGGUUUGGGCACGCAUGGCAACCCUCGCCAUGGCCUGCUCAUUGUCAUGAUGGCGGGCAUGUACGUGUCCAUGUACCUCUUCAGAGUGACCAUCACACCUGAAAUCCCACAGGAGGCUCCUCUUUGGGUCCAAGUCAUUCAUCCUGUGUCUGUCCUCAUUGGCGUGUCAGAAAAAGAGAUUUGGAUCCUCUUCCUCGGUGCUAUGUUUGGAUUUUCUUCUUACGGACCAAUUGCCUUGUUUGGAGUGAUAGCCAGUGAAAGUGCCCCUUCAAACUUCUGUGGAACCUCUCAUGCUGUUGUGGCUCUGAUGGCUAAUGUGGGGGCUUUUAUGGCAGGGCUUCCCUUCAGUACUAUUGCCAAACAGCACAGCUGGGACAUGGCAUUCUGGGUAGCUGAGGUGUUAAUGGCGGUCGCCACCGUUGGGUUCUUCCUUGUGCGCAACAUGCGCACCAAAAUGGGACGGAUCGCAGAGAAACUGGACUAAUGUCUCGUCUUGGAAUGAACCAAGGUUCAGUGCCCUGUUAUGUGACUGGUAUUCUUCCUAAUGCAGGAUACUGUACAUAAAUACAUCUCCAGUUUGACCAAACAAGACCACUGUCAAACACAGACUAAUAUGAAAAAAUUAAUUGAGUUCAUUUAGUUACUCAGGGUGAGUGUAGAUAAUUACACAAUUAUACAAUGAAAUAGUCACAUGUAGAUUCUGUUUAGUUUAUUCGGAUUCCCAUUAGCUGUUACCUUAGCCAACAGCUAUUCCUCCUGGGUUCCACACACAAUAAAAAUACAUGCACAAACAUGCAGUAGAUCAUAACCACAGCCUCAUAUUUUCAUGCUUCCACUGAAUGAAACCGUGUUGUCCCUGUAAACACUUUCUAUUAAUGAAAACACACAAACCAGAAUGUGGGUGGAUUUUCUUGAGAUAAAUUGUACGUGCUGAUUACAGCACACCCUGCCUUCAGUGGAGGUGAGUUACAGUAUAUUUAACUUAAUGAAUGUCGACCGAGGGCUCUGUACGUUCUGCACUACUUGUCCGGGUAUUUGCACAAACUUGUAACCCUAUUACCAUGAGUAUUUGUAAAAAUGUAACAGGUUCAUCGUUUCACUGACAUGAGGUCAUUAGAGAACAUGUUAUUUUUAUACACCGUUGUAGACUAAAUAACACAGAAUAGCAGUUUGAUGCAGUCUUUGCAUUGUCAACUUUUCUGAUCAGAUGUUUUUAAGGAUUAAUGAAUCUCAAACAGUUGCUGCAUGACAGCUGAUAAUGUCACUGCCAUUGUAGUUGUGUACAGCCGUUAAAGUGCUGGAUUAUACACUGUUAAAUAACUCAUCUCAAAAAUCCGAUAUCUGUGUUCUACUAGAUUUGUACAUUGGACUUGAAAGCGUUCUAAUAAAUGAGAAAUUCACUUAGUGUCUUUUA